ACCGAAGAAACACCAAAUAAAAUGAUACCAAUUUGAUUCUCUCUCUACUCUUCUCUCUCUCUCUCUCUCUCUCUCUCUCACACACACACACACACACAGAGAUUCAAUCAAUGAAAAUGGCCCUCUCAUUGAUUUCACAAUCCCCAUCUUAAAGCCCACACACUUCAGUUUCCAGUCCCCACAGUCUUCUCAGUUUUAAUCCGUCAAACCAAAUUGAUAUAUAUAUAUAUAUAUAUAUACUUAUACAGAGAUUUAUACACAUUGGAAUGGUAUAGAUACACAUUAUUAUACAUAUAUUCAUACUAACAUUCUGUUGAGGAGAGGUUUGUGGGGGGAACAGGGGAUUGGGAUGGCGGCGACAUCGGUGGUGUGCUCAUGGCUGAUGGCCGCAUGCAUGUCAGUGGCUUAUGAGAAGGAAUCUUCUGUUUCCAUGUUGUCGUCGACUAGUUUGUGUCGCCUCAGCAAAUGGGCUGCCCGCCGCAGGAAGCGGGUUCUCGCCAAAUGUGCUCCGGACUUCUCCAGUUUUAGCAGUCUCGCCAGUUCUUGCUUCGCAUUUGAGCCCUGCGAUGACUUCUAUAAAUCUUCGCAUGCCUCAUCCGGAUGUUUGUUCGGCUUCGCAUCGAGGAAUUUGCCGCUGCUUCGCAGGCGCAGGAAACUCCUUCGUUCCUCUCCACAUUGUGGAGAAAUAAUGGCUACAGCUGUAAGCCCUGCCAUGGAGGUUACACCCAAGCAGAAACCUCCAACUCCACAAAGGCGAGUUGUUGUCACGGGUAUGGGUGUGGAGACACCGCUUGGUCAUGAUCCAGAUGUCUUCUAUAACAACCUGCUUCAAGGAGUCAGUGGAAUUAGUGAGAUAGAAGCUUUUGAUUGUUCGCAGUAUCCAACUAGGAUUGCUGGAGAGAUCAAGUCAUUUUCAGCAGAUGGCUGGGUUGCACCCAAAUUUUCCAAGAGAAUGGACAGGUUCAUGCUUUACAUGCUGACAGCAGGCAAGAAGGCUCUAGCUGAUGGAGGAAUUACAGAAGAUGUCAUGGAAGAAUUGAAUAAAGCAAGAUGUGGCGUCCUAAUUGGCUCCGCUAUGGGUGGGAUGCAAGUCUUUAAUGAUGCAAUUGAAGCUUUGCGGAUCUCAUAUAGGAAGAUGAAUCCAUUUUGUGUUCCUUUUGCAGUUACAAACAUGGGUUCCGCCAUGCUCGCAAUGGAUCUGGGAUGGAUGGGCCCAAACUACUCAAUAUCUACUGCUUGUGCAACAAGCAAUUUCUGUAUACUGAAUGCUGCUAACCAUAUCAUCAGAGGUGAAGCUGAUAUGAUGCUUUGUGGUGGCUCAGAUGCAGCAAUCAUACCAAUUGGUUUGGGAGGUUUUAUUGCAUGCGGGGCACUGUCCCAGAGAAAUGCUGAUCCUACUAAAGCCUCACGUCCCUGGGAUACUAAUCGUGAUGGAUUUGUUAUGGGAGAAGGAGCAGGAGUAUUGCUUUUGGAGGAACUUGAACAUGCUAAGAAGAGAGGAGCAACUAUCUAUGCUGAGUUUCUUGGUGGAAGCUUCACAUGUGAUGCUUAUCACAUGACAGAGCCUCAUCCAGAAGGGACUGGUGUCAUUUUGUGCAUCGAGAAGGCUCUGUCUCAGUCAGGAGUAUCUAAGGAAGAUGUGAAUUAUAUAAAUGCACAUGCAACGUCUACUCUAUCUGGUGAUCUUAAGGAGUAUCAAGCGCUUAUUCAUUGUUUUGGGCAGAAUCCAGAGUUAAGGGUGAACUCCACAAAAUCUAUGACUGGACACCUACUUGGAGCAGCUGGUGCUGUGGAGGCUGUUGCAACUGUGCAGGUGGGUGAUUCGGGUGUUGUGUUCUCAUCCUCUUAAAGUACCCCAAUCAGAAAUCAGAAAGGCAUCAGGAUUCAAGGAAAAGGAAUUAACCAAAAUAUUACUUUUUUGGGUUAAAUACAAAAAACCACACAAUAGGUUUGACCUAUUUAUGAAAACUAUUCCUCCAAGUACUGAAAUUAUGAGUACCCCCUAAAACCAAUGGAGUCAGUAAAACCUCCCUGAAAAUUUCAAAUGUCUGUUUUAGCUUGACAUAUAUAUACGUAUAUGCUUGUUUAAGAGAAGUUGGAAACUCGAAACAUUGUAAUGACAAUUUGCCCAUCUUGAACAGUAACCCCAUCUCCAACCCCUACAUGUGCUCGGGCACGCUUGCCGACAUGUGGGUGUAGGUGUGCAUGUUCACGCGCACAUUUUUACUUUGAUAUUAAUGUGAGCUCUGUGUAGGUGGGAUUGAGCAGGGGGUGCCACUUGACGCUUGGGCACUAUCCAUAGGGGA